CCGACGUUCAUCAGUACGACUGCCACCAGUGCACACCACGCUCUCCGUCGCCUGACCACAGACAACUCGUACUUUAUACUAUCGUAUUAAUAACAAUAUGUACAUUGUACUGAAUAAUAUUUAACAGCAUAAUAUAGUUUAGGUGUAAUCGUCAUUCGAUCCGAUCUACAGCAGUACUGCAGCAACAGCUUUCGACGAGAUCGCACUGUGUCCCAUUAUAAUAUUAUAUACAUACAUUACUAUAGUAUAUUCUGUCUCAGCGAGCAAUGUAUUUUAGUCGUGUAACCAUGUCACUGCUAUCGUGGAUUCACGUCAUUAAAUGUCUCAUAUAUACCUGCAAUUUUACAGUUAUAGCUACAACUCCAGAAUAUUUGGGAUGUUUUUUGAAUGUAGAUUUAAAUAUUUCAAAUGGUUUAAAUAUAUCACUUGCCACUUUAACUCCUCAAGAAUGUUCAGACGAAUGUCACGCAAACAAUUACACUUACGCCGCAAUUAAUAACGAACCAUUUUGUCACUGCACAAAUAAUUACAUGUCUAAAUUGAUGAAGGAAAUGGACGACGAUUGCAAUGUCCCGUGUAGUGGUGCAGAAAACGAGUCAAAUGAAAUAUGCCGAACGCAUUUUAAAAUGUUCAAAACGCAUAACUCAAGUAGAAUAGGGGAAGAAAAUUAUCCUCAAGCAAUCUAUCUAGGAUGCUACGAAGAAAGAAAAGGUGACGACAAUAACCGAUUACUGAAAUUUCCCCACGAAAGAUAUCCAGAUAACACUCCGCAAAAAUGUUCUGAAGAAUGUUUCAAAAUCGGAUUUCUGUACUCUGGAUCAACAAAUGGAGAACAAGAGGGAGCUGCUUGUUGGUGUGGUAAUCAAUAUCCCUCAAUAAAAUUCAAAAAAAACGACACGAAAUGUAAUUCUCUCUGUUCCGGCGACAAGACAAAAAAAUGCGGUGGUCUGUGGAGAUUGAGCGUUUAUUCCACAGGGAUCGUUGAUUAUCCACUCAAAAAAUCGGUUGGCUGUUACAAUUUGGUCGAUUUCAAUCAGUAUGAUAACAAAGUAUACACUUUAAAGGAAACCAUUGAUUCGCACAGGUGUUUUUAUAUUUGUAACGAGAGAGGAUCUAAGUACGCGGCAGUCAGCGAAGAUCAUUGCGAAUGCAGCGCUGAAAUCCCGGGUACAAACCAACGAAAAAAUCAAGAAGAAUGUAAAAAAUGUUCUGGAGACGAAUCGGAAUAUUGCGGUGGUCCCAGCUCAAUAAGUGUCUAUAAAAACGAUUGGUGGGGCAUGGUUACCGGAAAUCUAUCGAAAACUCAUUUUGGAUGCUUUGAAAACAACUGGAUGUAUCCAGUGAUGGAUGGAUGGAAUAUAUCAUUUCCUAAACAAAUGACCUCACAAAAAUGCGUUUCUAGUUGUUUCGCCCGAGGAUAUCCAAUUGCAGCACUAGUGUCUUCGACGGAGUGUCUGUGUAGUUUCGUAAGUCCGCCGAUCGAAGCCAAGUCGAAAGCCGGAGGACCGUAUUGCAACGCCCCGUGUUCGGGUGGCAAGGAAAACGAGUGCGGCGAUCACGAACAUUACAACGUGUUCACCACCGGGCUGAAAACGUCCAGAGUGCCGGGUAACCAUUACCUGGGUUGCUACGAAGAGACGGACGUGUACAGGAUGUUCAAGAAAAACCAGACCGUCGAAAUCCCGUACGUCAAUACGCCGAACAUCUGUUCCAAGCACUGCGACAGCGCGGGCUACGAAUAUUUCCAACUGUCCAGCAGAGAAUCGUGUUUUUGCGGAAACAUUCAUCCGGCGGACGACGGCGCGGUACGGAUCGACGACAUCAAAUAUUCCAUCCAGUGUUCGGGUGACGCGAACAAAUAUUGCGGAGGGGUGUUUAAAAUCGCGGCGUUCCGUAUAGGUAAGGUUGCUGAUAAAGAAUAUGAUUGUUCUGAGGAUUGUGAAUGUUAUUUUUUUCCGAAACACAAUGCAUCUAAAAUUGAUUGUUCAAGAAGAAAUCUUAGUGACCUUUCUACGAUUAUUCCUGAUUUAAAAACAACUUCGUCAUCCGUUGAUAUAAUUCUAAAAGACAAUUCGAUCGAAGUCUUACCUAAUUUAACAAGUUUCCAUAUCACUUCAUUGGAUGUUAGUAAUAACAGUAUAACAACAUUGGAUGCCGAUCUUUUACCUAAAAGCUUAAAAGUUUUGUUUGUCGAUAGUAAUAAGUUAACUACCCUGAACGAUAACGCAUUGAGAUUAAUGCAAAGUCUAGACGUCAUAAUGUUAUCGAACAACCCGUGGCUGUGCGAAUGCGAUUCGUUGAAAAACCUAAUAAAAUAUAAAUCAAAGAUCGGAGAUUUUAAGAAAAUCACCUGUACGUCUUCCACAGAUCCGUUUGUCCACAUGGAUGAACUUUGUGAAAAAUGGAAAAUGAAUUAUUUUUACCUCUUCAUCACGUUGGGUUUUAUUUUGUUUGUUUGCCUACUGUCCGUCUAUUUUAACUUGCACAGGACCGCUUGGUUGUACAUGCGCCACGCCCAAUGCAAUUCUUGUGGUCUCAUUUCCACGCAGCACGCCAAUAAUACCGGUAAAGAUUCCGAGGAAGAAACUUUCAUGCAACGCAUCCAAUACGACGAACUCGUGUUGGCCACUGACAACUGGAACCAAAACCGCGUGCUUGGCGAGGGCGGGUUCGGGGUGGUGUACAAAGGCAAUUGGAGACACACGGACGUAGCGAUCAAAAGACUGAAAGCCGAGGGAGUAGCUGAAAAAGUGGUAAACAUGCACACUGUAGGUAACGAACUCUUGCAGAACCCGUCGAAAGAGAUUAUGUAUCUAAACGCCGUUAAACACGAUAACGUACUGUCCAUGUACGGGUUUUGCUUCCAUUCGACGGGAUCGUGUUUGAUAUAUCAAUUUAUGGCCAACGGGUCACUCGAAGAUCGAUUACAGUGCAAAAACGGAACGAAACCAUUAUCUUGGACCACGCGCAAAAACAUAGCGACGGGAAUUGCAAGAGGUUUACAGUUUUUACACAAUGUUGAAACGCCUUUGAUUCAUGGCGAUAUAAAAAGCGCCAAUAUACUUUUGGACUCUAAUCUCGAGCCCAGAAUAGGAGAUUUCGGGCUCGCUCGGACCGGUCCGUUGGAAAAAAUUAACAAAAGCAUUGGAUUUGAUGUCAGUCACGUGUGUGGUACAAGGCCUUAUUUACCUGAAGAUUUUUGUAAGAACAAAAAAUUAUCGACCAAAGUGGACACUUACAGUUUCGGUGUGGUGAUGUUCGAAAUUGCAACCGGUCUAAGAGCAUUCAACAGGUACAAAAAUUACAAAUAUUUGAAAGAUAUGGUGAAUAAGCACGACACCUCUUCGAUUGCGAAUAUUGCCGACAAAUCGGCCGGACAUGAUCCAUUACAUAUUUUCGAAGUACUUAUAAAUUUGGGAAAAGCGUGCGUGGUAGAUUUAGCUGAAAAACGUCCAGAAAUGGUCGUUGUUUAUAUGAACCUACAAAACUAUUUGUCAUCGAAAUCCGACGUAAAUAAUGUAGAAGCAGACGGCGAGAAGUAUAACAAGAAUACGUCGAAUGCACAAAUACAAUUAAAGGAAACCAAAACUAAGGAUUUCAUAAAAUUGAAUGGAAUAAAGGCAGCUCUGAUAGCACCGCUCCACGAAAUUCCAUCAAUAUCGAACUUAUACUCAAGCCCUGUGCACGAAAUAACUGAUCCUCGGAAAAUCACUACCGCAGAAAUAAAAUCUAAAAGCAAUGAGAAUAAUGAGAUAUCGGUAUGCCUAAAUGGAUUUAAGUACCGUAACAUAAGAUAACUAUAUUAUUAUGUAGGUACUCAUAAUUUAAUCUGAUACGUUUACGUUUUCGAUAGGAUGAAGGUUUUUUUACGACUGACUUUUAAGCAAUCAAGUCAAGUAACACUAUACGCGAAAAUAAUUAGUUACUGCUAACCCAGAUGCUGACCACUAUUGAAAUAAUCAUUUAAUUAUAUUAAAUCUUAUAAACUAUAUCAAGUUAGUUAAAAUUAGCUUAUUUUCUUGAACAUAUUAUGUAACGCACUAUGUGAGUACUUACUUCAAUAUUAUUGAAUUGUA